GUAGUAGUAGUACGACGUUGUUUUGCUGCUGCUAGCCUGUGCUGCAAUCAGCCGCAGAGCAGCAUGACGAGAUACGUCCACCCCCGCGCGCGCGCGCUCGCCUGGCGCAGUUGCCGAGACCCACGCGCGAAAUUAUAAUGAAUGAGACGCCCUGUUGAUACGUGCUAUAUCGUGCACAUGAAUGAUCGAUCCCACACAGGCGCGCUGCGCGGUACUGCAAAACACAGGCUAGUCCGUGUGUAUAUAGGAUAGGAGUCAUCUGCCAGUAGUGCGCGCUCGUUCGUCGUCGUGUGUGCAAAAAGCUCAGUGUAUCUCGAGUGCAAUUGCUCGUGCAUCGACUCCUAUACAUAACGUGGAUGUGUCAACGAACGUACGAUAUGUCUCGUUAAUUGAUCUCUGUAUACACGGAGAGGAUUAUAGCAGAGAAAAAGGAAGAGAGAUCGACGCAACGUCGCAAUGGAUAACGUAGCUGCCACAGAGUGUCUUACUUUGGACUUUGGCCCCUUCGAGACGGUUCAUCGAUGGCAGCGAAUGCCCGAGUGCGAUGAAUUCGUUGGCGCUAGGCGUAGCAAGCACACAGUUGUGGCAUACAAGGAUGCGAUCUACGUCUUCGGGGGAGACAAUGGGAAGCAAAUGCUGAACGACUUGUUGCGAUUCGACGUGAAAGAGAAGUCGUGGGGAAGAGCGUUCUCCACCGGUGGUCCUCCAGCUCCAAGAUAUCAUCACUCCGCCGUGGUCAAUGGAUCUUCCAUGUUUGUCUUCGGUGGAUACACCGGAGACAUUCACUCCAAUUCAAAUUUAACAAAUAAGAAUGAUCUGUUCGAGUAUCGCUUUCAAACUGGACAGUGGCUCGAAUGGAAAUUCACUGGAAAAACACCAGUGGCAAGAUCGGCUCACGGAGCAGUAGUUUAUGAUAACAAAUUGUGGAUUUUUGCUGGAUACGAUGGUAAUGCUCGCUUGAAUGACAUGUGGACAAUAUCUCUACUGCCAGGAGAACCAAAAACUUGGGAAAUGGUUGAUCAAUCCGGAGAUUGUCCACCGACAUGUUGCAAUUUUCCAGUAGCAGUCGCCAGAGAGUCCAUGUUUGUGUUCAGUGGCCAAAGUGGUGCUAAAAUAACCAACAGUCUCUUCCAAUUUCACUUCAGAGAAAAGAAAUGGACGCGCAUCUCCACGGAGCACAUCCUGCGACGCGCGCCACCGCCACCUGCUCGCAGAUACGGCCACACGAUGGUGAGCUUCGACAGGCACCUCUACGUAUUCGGCGGUACGGCGGACUCGACCCUGCCCAACGAUCUGCACUGCUACGACCUCGAUACUCAGACCUGGCACGUGAUCGCUCCGUCGACCGAUAGCGAAAUACCCUCGGGUCGGCUGUUUCACGCGGCGGCCGUGAUCGGCGACGCGAUGUUCAUCUUCGGCGGCACCGUCGACAACAACGUGCGCUCCGGCGAGACGUAUCGCUUCCAGUUCUCCGCCUAUCCCAAGUGCACCCUUCACGACGACUUCGGCCGGCUGCUCAACUCGCGACUGUUCUGCGACGUCGAGUUCGUCGUGGGCGGCAGCAGCAGCAGCAGCAGUAGUAGCAGCAGCAGCGACAAGGAGCAGCAGCACAAGGAGGAGACCAAGAUACCGGCCCACAUCGCCAUGGUCGCGGCCCGAUCCAAGUUUCUCCGGCAGCGAAUCAGUCGGGCGAUCGAGCGCAGAAAGGAGCGACUCGAGGAGCUCCACGGCACCGCCGAUCUGCCCGCCAAGGAGGUGCCGAUGUUGCAGGUGAGGCUGCAGGACGCCGUGCCCGAGGCCUUCGAGAUGGUGCUGAACUACAUCUACACGGAUCGCAUCGACCCGACCAAGAAGAUCGAGGACCCGCUGAGCAAUCGCAUAGUCCUGCUGAUGAUGGACGUCUAUCGGCUGGCGGUGCAGUUCAACAUGCGCCGACUGGAGCAGCUGUGCGUGCACUACCUCGAGGCCACCAUCAGCCACGCCAACGUGCUGGAGGCGCUGCGCAACGCCGACUGCCUCAAGCAGCAGCUGGCCUUCAUCAAGGAGCUCUGUCUGGGCUUCGUGGUGCGCGACGGCAAUUACAAUCAGAUCGUGAUGAGCAGCGAGUUCGAGUCGCUCGAUCGGCCGCUCAUGGUCGAGAUCAUCAGGCGCAAGCAGAGCGCCUCGGCGUCCUCGGGCAGCAGCAGCACCGGUGGUGGCAACGGUGGUGCUGGUGGUGUUGGUGGCGGCGGUGGCACGAGCAGUAGCGGCGGCGGCGGCGGCAUCGGCAACAAGCACCACCACCACUACCAGCAGCUCAACAAUUACGAGCGCGACACGGGCACGACCCUCGAGCAGGACAUGGAGCACUUUUUGAACAGCAUCGGCCGGGAGUUCUGCGACAUCACGCUGAUGCUGGACAAGGAGCCGAUACCGGCCCACAAGGCCGUGCUCACGGCCCGCUGCAGCUACUUCGAGGGUCUGUUCCGCUCGUUCAUGCCGCCCAACAAUACCGUCAACAUACAGAUCGGCGAGAUGAUACCGUCGGCCGCGUCGUUCCGCUCGCUGCUGCGCUACAUCUACUACGCGGACGUGUCGAUGCCGCCGGAGGACUCGCUCUACCUCUUCACCGUGCCCGUCUUCUACGGCUUCACCAACAAUCGGCUGCAGGCCUUCUGCAAGCAGAAUCUCGAGAUGAACGUCACCAUCGAGAACGUCAUACAGAUACUCGAGGCCGCGGACAAGAUGCAGGCGCACGACAUCAAGAACUACGCGCUCAGCCUCAUUGUGCAUCACAUCGGCAAGGUGGUGCGACUGCCACGUCUCAAGCAGCUGGAUCGCGGACUGCUGCUCGACAUCCUCGAGGCCGUGGCGGACGAGCGCGCCGAGGCGAGGACCUGCCAGGACAUGACCAGCGGUGGCGCGGAUUGCUGACGUUGCUCCUUUUGCCAGCCGCCAAGGACAUCGACGACGACGACGAGGAAGAUGAGUGAGCAGCAACAGCAGCAGCAACGGUACAGGCAGCGUCAGAGCUAUCAGCAGAGGCAGCAGCGCGAUUGGCGCGUCUCGACGACAUCGACUUUUCACGAUCUGUGUCGCUUGAAUUUCACCAUGAUCGGCCGGACGAUACUCUUCAUCGGCGACUGCUAUCUGGAGCGGGCGGCGCCGAUCACCAAGUGCUUCUCGACCACCCAGCAGCAAGCCGAGUUCAUGGCCGAUAUAUCCAGCAACAACAACAAUAAUAAUAACAAAGAUAACAACGAAAACAAUGGCUCCGCAGCCGGUAAGCACUCGUUGAGCUCCUCCGAUCGUCGAAGCGAUGGCGGCGGCGCUCAUCAACCCAGCGUUUUGCGACGCACCCUCUACGGUUUGCCCGACUUGAAGAUCAAAAAGUUAUUUUUGUGAUCGUUGCACGGCUAGAGAGAGCUGUGGCUCUUGUGUAUUUGUUUCUUUUUUUUUUUGUGAACUAAACCAAAAAUGAGUACUGGGCGUUUAUUGAACUGUA